AGUACCGUCGAGUCUGUGUUAGUGAAAGGUGGGUGGUUACCAAACCUCACACUAGGGUAAACAUUAGAGAGACAACCUGCUGUUAACAUGUCCGUUGCCUUUAACGAGCGCCAUACACCCUAUGUUGCACCUCAAACGGCCGGCGCCGUCGGAUCAGUCUUCAGUUAUACUAAACCUCUUAAAGGCUCCUCGAGGGAAAAUGUCAACAGUCUGCAAUAUUCAUCUAACCACACGUUUUUCAAAGUCACUGGGAACACAGCUGUCACUUCAGAAUCAUGCAGGUACCGAUCAAAACACAAGAAACAUAGUCGCUAUCGACAAGUGACUAGCACUUCUUUAACAAGAGGAAAACCGCUAGGAUAUGAUGUGCCUUUAUACAAGACCUUUGUACCAGGAAGUAGAGAGUCUGGCGACAAGUGUUCAGUCUCAUCUAGGGAAGGUAAGUUUGGCCGAUCAUUAUUAUCUGAUGACGUCAACGGAUUUCCACAUAAAAGUGUGGACAGUUUCCAGUAUUCUCGCCACCAGUCUUCUUCCAGUGCCACUAUUAAUGCAGACACUCCAGGACCACCUCAUCACCCAUCAGCUGUUCACCCAAACAUUCAGCUGCUCAGUUACUCCAGCCACACCACUGGUACAUCAGCGACGACUGGAAGCCACAAAAUGGGAUUUGAUUUGCCAGUAUCUGAGAAGAUCUCUCAGUCAACUAAUGGAAUACCUGGCAACAUAAAGGCUUCAUACACAUCCUCAAGUCGUAGUGAUAAAGAGCCUCGCUGUUUAGCUAAACUUCCUAAAACACAAGUCGAUAAAUCAGCUUACCGUCAUAAAAAAGAUUUAAAUGUAUCCCCGGAGGAAAGUAUCAGAAGUCUUAAAAAUCUAGCCGACAGAUCUUCCUUCAAAUCCACUGCCAACUUGGAUGUCAUCUCGGAACAGUCUAGGCACCAGCAAGCUGCUCUGGCAAAACAUCAGCGCCCAAGUUGCUAUAGACAAAUGACCGGCACUUCAGUGAGAGAUGGAAACCCAAGGUGGUCUAAUGUGCCGUUAUACAAGACAUUUCUACCAGAAAAGAGAGUUUCUGGUGAAACGCUUGAAGAUACUACGAAUGCAAAGCCUUUCAUUAUGAUAGAUAGAUUAGAAAGAAAAGUUGAUGGAUUAGUUUGUGUUGAUGAAGUCAACAGCUCUACAGAAAAGUGUGUCAGCACUCUUCGGGGCUCCUUUGUACAGUAUUCUUCCAGUUCCACUAAUGAUGCAAAGCUUAAUUGCUCAAGUUCAGAAAACGGUUCCAAAACACAAGUCGCUAAGCCAACGUACCGUGAUGAUCUAGACUUAAAUGGAUGUCCGAAGAGAAGUAUCAACAGUCUUCAGCAUUCGGUUGACAAAUCUUCCUUAAAAUCCACUGCCAACCUGGGUGUCACCUCCGAACAGUCUGGCCACCAGUCAGCUGCUCUGUCAAAACAUCAGCUUCCCAGCUGCUAUGGACAAAUGACAGGCACUUCACUGAAACGAGGAAAUUCGGUGGGGUCUGAUGCUUCAUUAUGCGAGAGAUUUAUACCCGAAAGAGUUGACGGUGAAACGCUUCGAGCCGCAACUACUACCAAACCUCCCGACACGAAAGAGAGAUCAGAAAGAGAAGCUGACGGAGCAGUUUUGGUUGAUGAACUCAACAGCUCCUCCGAGAAAAAUUUUAACACACUUGAGUACUCUCUAACCCAGUAUUCCUCCAGUGUCACUGUUAACAGUGUCGACACACAGAGAUCUUCCACUAACCAGUCUGCCGCUCUCUCAAAAGAUCAUCGGCUUAGUAACUCCAGCCACAAGACAGGCACCUCAGUAACGACUGGAGGUUACAAAACUGGUUUUGAUAUGCCACUGAGAGGGAGUAUUGCUCCACCACGUGUAGACUGUGGCAACAUCAAUUCCUCGCACCCAGCUUCAGACAGAUCAGAAAGAAAAGCUGACGGAUCGCUUUUCGCUGAAGAAGUCAACAGCUCUUCAGAAAAAAAUGUCAACGCUCUUCAGAACUCUCUUACCCAGUAUUCUUCCAGCGUCACUGCUAACACUGCCGACACACGCACACCUUCCACCAACCAGUCAGCAGACCUCUCGAAAGAUCAGCAGCCCAACAGUACCAGCUACAAAACGAGCACUUCUGGAAGUUACGAAACUGGGCUUUAUACGCCAAUAACAGUCUCUCUCUCUCUACCAAAUGGAGUUUCUGGCAACACAAGACAAGACACAAGACAACAUAAGACAACUUCAGGUCAUAAUAGUGAAAAACUAUGUUGCUCAGGUUCAGAAAAAAAGCCCAAAACGCAAGACUGUGGAAAAAGAAAACCAUCAGCAUUUACUGACAACGUCAACAAGUCUCCCGAUAAUAGUAUCGACGGUCUUCUGAGCACAGUUAGCCAGUAUUUCCAAAGUGCCACUGUCAAUACUGCCGAAACAUGGAAACCUAGUCCUCAGUCAGAUGCUCUCUCAAAAGAUCAGCAGCUCGGUUAUUCAAGUCUCGCACUAGCGAUGACUGGAGGUUACAAAAUGGGAUUUUGUACCCCAGUGUCUGAGAGCAAAUUCCCCUCAAAAAGUGAAGUGUCUGUCAAAAUGAGAGAGGCCUCGACCACAACUUCAGAUCCCAGGGACGAACAACGACAUUGUUCAAGUUCAGCAAGUUGUCUCAAAACAGAAGCUUCAGUCGACGGAUCAUCUUACCAUGAAGAUAAAGUCUCUAAAGGAUUCCCAGAGAAAAGGACAAACAGUCCUCAGAAAUCAUCUGAUAACUCAACACUGAAAGCCUCUUCCCAUUUGUUAGUCACGCCGGGACCGUUUUGGUACCAGUCAGCCACUCUGGCAAAGCCCAGUCGCUAUGGACACGUGAUACGUACUUCAGUAACAAGAAGAAACCUUCCGGGUGCUGAUAGGCCAUUAUACAAGAGAUGUCUACCAGAAAGUAGUGUUUCUGGUGAAUCGCAUCCAACUACAACUAAAUCAAAACGUCUUAAAUUAGAUAAUACAAGAAUAAAUGUUGGCCGAUCGAUAUUCUCUGAUGACGACGACGUCGACGUCAACAUAUCUCAAGGAAAAUGUGUCGACAAUCAUCACUUCUCAGUUAACCAGUCAUCCUACAGUGCCGCUAGAAACAUUGCCAACCCAGAGCCGUCAGCUGCUCUCCUAAAAAUUUACCAGCUCAGUUGCUCUAACACAACAAGCACUAAAGCAAUAGCCGGAGGUUAUCUGUUAUCUAAAGGCAGCACUCCUUCGACUUGUAAAUUGGUUGACAGCAUCAAGACUUCGCACACACCUUCACAUCCCAAUGAUAGAAAGCUGCUCUGUUCAGGUUCAAACAAUCAUCUCGAAAUUCAAGAUGCAUCUGAUGCAACAGACUCCGCUAUAGACGCCGCCUCUGGUAAAGCUGUUGCUGACGCCACUGCAGAUUCUGCCUACGUUGAUGACUCUCCUACUAAUGCUGCUUCCACUGAAGUCACGACUACUGACAUUUUCAGAACAACUCGGCCUACUGGCGCCACGAACAACUCUCUUCAUCAGUGUGUCGACAAUAAUCUUCUCCAGUUGGUUAAUCUUUCUUCCACCACCACCAUUGCUACUACAGAGACUGUAAACACGCCUACAAGUUCUAGUCACCAAUCAUCUGCUCUUCUUAAAUGCCAACAGUUCAGUCACUCCAAUCAGACGACAGGCACUUCAGCAUUGCCUGGAAAUUCGUCAUUCACAUCUCAGGUGCCAGCAAACAUGGAGUCUCCGUCAACUGGAGUGGAGGGCAAGACUGAGUCAAGUGCAGUGCCAACCAAGUUAAAGACACACACAGUGCCAGAAGAGGCGAAGAUAAGUGUUCUGCCUGGUCAUUUGAGUACUAGUAGAGUGUUGGGCAGCGCAAAAUCAAGUUUGCUUUCUGGGAGUGCAAAGACAAAUGGGGCGCCAAGGAACACACAAGUGAGUGGAACAUUGGGCAUCACAAAGAAGAGUGGAUUGCCGGACCAUGGAGUAAGUGAACUGCUGGGCCAUGGGAAAAGUGGAUUGCCGGGACAUGGAGCAAGUGGAUUGCCGGGCCAUGGGACAAGUGGAGUGCUGGGCCAUGGUAGAAGUAGAAUGCCAGGUCACGGCGGAAGUGGAUUGCCGGGUCAUGGUGCAAGUGAAUUGCCGGGCCAUAGUGCAAGUGGAUUGCCGGGCCAUGGGACCAGCAGGGUGCCGGGCCAUGGGACCAGCGGAGCGCAGAGUCAUGGGACCAGCGGGGCGCCGAGCCGUGGGACCAGCGUGUCGCCGGGCCAUAGGACCAGCGGGGCUCCAGGCCAUGGGACCAGCAGGGCACCAGGCCAUGGGACCAGCGGGGCGCCGGGCCAUGGGACCAGCGGGGCACCAGGCCAUGGGACCAGCGGGGUGCUGGGCCAUAGAACCAGCUGGGCGCCGGGCCAUGGGACUAGCAGGGCGCCGGGCCAUGAGACCAGCGGGGCGCCAGGCCAUACGGCCAGCGAGGCGCCGAGCCGUGGGACUAGCGGGGCACCGAGCCGUGGGACCAGCGGAGCGCCUGGCCAUGGGACCAGCGGAGCGCCUGGCAAUAGGACCAGCGGAGCACUGGGCCAUGGGACCAGCGGAGCACUGGGCCAUGGGACCAGCGGGGCGCCGGGCCAUGGGACCAGCGGGGCACCGGGCCAUUGGACCAGCGGGGCGCCAGGCCAUAGAACCAGUGGGGUGCAGGGCCAUAGAACCAGUGGGGCGCCGGGCCAUGGGACCAGCGGGGCGCCGGGCCAUGGUGCAAGUGGAUUGCCGGACCAUGGUGCAAGUGGAGUGCCGAGCCAUGGGACCAGCGGGGCGCCAGGCCAUGGAACCAGCGGGGCACCGGGCCAUGGGACCAGCAGGGCGCCGGGCCAUGGGACCAGCGGGGCGCCGGGCCAUGGGACCAGCGGGGCGCCGAGCCAUGGGACCAGCGGGGCGCCGGGCCAUGGGACCAGCGGGGCGCCGGGCCAUGGGACCAGCAGGGCGCCGGGCCAUGGGACCAGCGGGGCACAGGGCCAUGGGACCAGUGGGGCGCCGGGCCAUGGGACCAGCGGGGCGCCGGGCUAUAGGGCCAGCGGGGCGCCAGGCCAUAGAACCAGCGGGGCGCCGGGCCAUGGGACCAGCGGGGCGCCAGGCCAUACUGCCUGCGAGGCGCCGAGCCGUGGGACCAGCGGGGCGCCGGGCCAUGGGACCAGCUGGGCGCCGGGCCACGGGACCAGCGGGGCGCCGGGCCAUGGGACCAGUGGGGCGCCAGGCUAUAGAACCAGUGGGGCACCUGGCCAUGGGACCAGCGGGGCUCCGGGCCAUGGUGCAAGUGGAUUGCCGAGCCAUGGGGCCAGCGGAGUGCCGGACCGUGGGACCAGCGGGGUGCCGGACCGUGGGACCAGCGGGGUGCCGGACCGUGGGACCAGCGGAGCGCCGGGCCAUGGGACCAGCGGGGCGCCGGGCCGUGGGACCAGCGGGGCGCCGGGCCGUGGGACCAGCGGAGCGCCGGGCCGUGGGACCAGCGGAGCGCCGGGCCGUGGGACCAGCGGAGCGCCGGGCCGUGGGACCAGCGGAGCGCUGGACCAUGGGACCAGCGAGGCGCCGAGCCUUGGGACCAGCAGAGUGCCGGACCUUGGGACCAGCGGGGCGCCGGGCCAUGGUGCAAGUGGAUUGCCGCCUGGCCAUGGGACCAGCGUGUCGCCGGGCCAUGGGACCAGCGUGUCGCCGGGCCAUGGGACCAGCGUGGCGCCGGCCGAGGCGCGGCCGAGUGGAGCCUCAAAGAAGAUCACUUCCAAAAAAAUGGCCUCAAAAACGUUGUCAGAUACCAAAACCAAGAUUCUAAAUUACAUCAGAAUACAUUACCUCCAAUUAAAUGAUAAUAGUUCCAACAGUCUCCAGUAUUCUCUUGGUUACUCGUCCAGCAGUGGCAACACAUCAGGACCGUCUGGCUCCGGCCACACCUCAGGCACUUCAUCGACAACUAGAGGUCGCCCUGUUGUGUUUCAUGUUCCAUUAGGAGCUAGCAGCCAUCCCUCGACGUGUGAAGUGCGUGGCAACGCAAAAAAGUACUCUUGCACACCUUCAAAAUCAAAACAUAAAAAUUUAACUUUCAUUAGAAAAGAAUCUCACAAAACUAAUGAUAAUACAACGGCCAGCGGAUCAAUGAACGAAAACUGCGAAGACGACGAGCGUCUUAAUUAUUCAUGUCACUACUCGUGUUCAGCCGCUGGCACUCAAAUUACUAUCACCAGAAGACAAGCUGACGUUCCGACAGACCUCGAUAGAGGGUUGUGUGUGCUGCCCACAAAGAAUCCUCAGUCAGGAAGCGUUGUGUCUGGCUCUUCUAGCACGACUUCAAAUCCCACCGAUAAAACUCAUCCACAUUCAACCGAAAUAGAGCCUCUCAAAAUACAAAAUCCUUCUUGUUUGGAUAAUUCCAUCGAAUGUAUUCCGGAUUUAAAAGAUCCUCAGCAUAGCUUACGAGAUGGUUCUUCCUUGCCUGGUUCUGAAAUAGAGAGAAUUCCAUCUGUUGCCUUUAACCAAGACCCGCCUUAUCAAAACACUUGUCAAAAUUCAACAAAAUUUCUCUCUUCCGUUAGCAAAAACGCCACUCCGCAAUCAAGUCAAACACGUGAAGAAUGCAACAGUUCUGCACUAUCCUUUGAGACUUGGAGCCCAUCGACUAGUAACUUGGUUUCUCAUGCACCUAAUCUUAAUACCUCUUCGUCCACUCCUGUUUAUGGAACUCUUCAGAAUACUGACAACUGUGUGUUACCCUACACAGUCAGUUUCCCUUCCAUAUCAGCUAUGUCAACUUCUGGUACCUACGUCACCUUCAUGUGUGAUCAGCAGAUGCCUCAGGCCACACAAAACGAGAGCAACGCUGGAAAUCAGGGCAAUAAAUAUAAUUUUUUCUCGGAAGAAACUGAACGUACCUGCCAAAUAUGCAACUUAGUAGUUGCAUCACAAGGGCACCUCGCACGACACAUGAUGGCCCAUGGUGCAAAUUAUAAGCAUCGAUGCCAUAUUUGCGACUGCUCUUUCAGUCGAGUGAAGAGACUUCGCUCUCACGUCGAACGUGCUCAUAUGAGGAUAGAGUGAUGCUUUACCGUUAGGCGCCUAGAAGAAACAGUGAGGUUGAGAAUGCCCAAGUAUAGCAGUUACAGAACCUGUUAGUGCAACCAGUGAUCACCUGCUCGGUCUGAUCAGGUACGUAAUGACAUGGAUGACAUUUUUAAUAAUGACAGUGAAAUUCAUACAAACAUCUUGUUUUAAUAGACUAAUGACUGUGCCUAGGACAGGGAAAAUUAUCUUAAUGUAAAAUGCUUAUUUCGACACACCAAGGUGCACGUAUAUAUGUAUGUGAACACUAGUCCUGUUUUCUUAUGGUCUGAUUUUCUUUCGGGCUUAGCGCUUUAUGGUUUUCAUAAUUCUGGUCUGAUUAACAGAAAUCUGAAGCCAUCAUCCUCUAUUAUACGAGGACCUGAAAAAUGGUAUGGCGAUACUGACAAGAUAUAAGAAUACACAUAAAUCACAUUCAGCUCAUUAGAACAUAAGAAGAACAUAAGAAGGAAGGAACACUGCAGAAGGCCUACCGGCCCAUGCGAGGUAGGUCCAAGUCUCCUUCCGGCUUAAGCCAAUGCACCCAACCUAGUCAGGUCAGGUCACAUUGACUUAAGGGAGGAACACGGCAACCGACCUGUUAGCACAAGCUGAUCAGGUCCAACUCACACCCACCCACACCCACUCAACUCCUUUGAGACCGCAGGAAGCGUGCGACACAGAUUCUUAACAAUAGCACCAGUCCAGAUAAAGGAACGCUUCUGUUACAUCGUUUUACCGGUCAACGACGUUGCAACGUUUCUAAAAGUUGUUAAAAUAUCCACCAGCUAUUUAUCUUCGGUUAAAAACUUAGUGCAAAGACCCAGGAACUACUCAAGGGCGCCACAAGUACACUGAAAGACAACGCAGUGUCAGGGGCCCAAGACUGUUCAACUGCCUCUCUCAGCAUACAUAAGUGUGAUUACCAAUAGACCCCUCGCUA